GCCAUAGUAACCAAUCAGAGAUCAUUUCCUCAUCGCGGCCUGUGGUGGAGCUUGCUGUGUAUUUGUCCGCCACGGCCUCCCUUGCUCGGCCCUGGCUGGGAAGUAGCCUAUAGAGGCGGGGAGAGAAUGGUGUAGCAGGUAACAAGCUGUGAUACCACCACACGGGAAUGUGAAACUUAAGGACUGAGAUCUCCAGCAAGACGCCGUGUCUGCGUGCCCAAAGACUUGACAUUUUACCUGGUUUCCCAUGGAAGCAGAUGGAUUUGUGAGGAGGCGACGGAUGACAGCAGAGACUACAGGCAAUGAUCCCGGGGUUGCUGGCGCAUCUGCCGGGGCAGAAGUUCGAUGGCUUGGGGGCAGAUUCUGGGGAGUUUCGGAAAGUAUCGUCGGGACCCUGACACCCCGGAUCGGAGGGGAAACGGAGCUGCAGACUGUUGAUUUUAACCUUAGUGCACAAGAUGCUCAAACAGAGGACUCUGAACCAGACUAUGAGGGUUUGCCACAGGGAGCCUCCACUAGCACCCACAUGUUGGCUGGAGCCGUGGCCGGGAUCAUGGAGCAUUGCCUCAUGUUCCCCAUCGACAGUGUCAAGACACGCAUGCAGUGCCUCCAGCCUGACCCCGCAGCCCGCUACAGGAACGUGAUGGAUGCUCUCCGCCGAAUUAUAGCCACAGAGGGACUCUGGCGACCAAUGAGAGGGUUGAAUGCAACAGCAGUUGGGGCGGGACCUGCCCAUGCCCUCUAUUUUGCCAGCUAUGAGAAACUCAAAAAGACUCUAAGUGAUGUCAUUCACCCAGGGGCUAACAGUCAUUUGGCUAAUGGAACUGCGGGCUGUGUGGCCACGCUGCUUCACGAUGCAAUCAUGAACCCUGCUGAAGUUGUGAAGCAGCGCAUGCAGAUGUAUAAUUCCCCCUACCGCGGCGUGAUGGACUGUGUACGCGCCGUGUGGCAUAAAGAGGGCCCUGCUGCGUUCUAUCGCAGCUACACCACCCAGCUCACCAUGAAUGUGCCCUUCCAGGCGCUCCACUUCAUGACCUAUGAGUACCUUCAGGAGCUGCUCAACCCCCACAGACAAUACAAUCCCUCAUCCCACAUGAUGUCCGGAGCUUUGGCUGGAGCCAUCGCGGCCGCCGCCACCACACCUCUGGACGUCUGCAAGACCCUACUCAACACCCAGGAGUCUCUAACCCUCAGUUCCCUGUCUUCCGGCCAAGGCCCUGGUGCAGGCCAAGGCCCCGGCCAGGGCCAAGGCAAAGGAGCCCACAGACACAUCUCAGGCCUGGCCCACGCCUUCCGGACAGUUUACAGGCUGGGCGGCCUGCCGGGCUUCUUCAAGGGAGUCCAGGCGAGGAUCAUCUACCAGAUGCCCUCCACAGCCAUCAGCUGGUCGGUCUAUGAGUUCUUCAAGUAUGGAAUCACCGAACACCAGCACAAUAAGAGGAGAACGCAGCACUUGGAAGCUGAGAUUUAAAUGUCUCCUUCCCCCCCCCCCCCCCCCCCUCUAAUACUGUUCUGCCCUCCUCUAAGGAGAAGAUAAAGUCAAUACGCACAUAAAAUCUGACUAAAAUCCACCUCAGCUGUCCCAUACUUAGACAUAGCAGAUAAGAAAUACCUUUUCAAGACCGUUAGUUAUAUUUCUGCUGCGCUAAUUCAAGACUAGGUAUGGUUUAUAAUUUUUCUUUUUUUUUGUUCCUAUAGAAGAAAACAUUUCCACAGUAAUAUAGAACUUGUUAAUCUUGAGGGUUUUUAAAGACCAUUCUAGUGACCACCACAUGUGUCCGAGCUGAAGAUAAAUGUCAAGAACGCACAAGUUUUGAAUUGUAAUGGUCGUCAGCAGAGGGCAGUAGUUUUACUAUGAAAAUCAUAACUGUCAGAUCCAGACCCCUUUCUGGAUUUAUGAAUAAUAUCAUAACAAACUAUUCUCACAGUAAUCCUAGACAGGACAAGUUCACUAUCUCGUUUGGGCUACACACAGGCAUUCAGUCCUUUUUUUCUUUUGCCAAAAAAUAUUUUGGAUUUGAUCCGAUUUUUAAAAGUAUUUCAGCCAUUUAAAAUCUAAAGUAAAUUGACCCUAGCUGACAACAUUUUGUUGUUGCAUACAUUAAUUUCCUGAUCAGUACCUAGAUACCUUUUUGUAGAAAUCAAAUGUAGUCCAAUAGUAUUUGAGGGUUUCACAGAUUGGUAACAAAAAGACCAUAGACCAGAUUUUUUCUCUCUUGGCAGUUGCAAGAAUAAUUAUUUCUUUUUUUUUGCCCUUUUUCAAAUGUCAAAGUUAAGAUUGUUCCCUAUGAUAUAAUUUGACUAAAAAUACAAAUAAUCAGUAGCUUUGGGCUACCUGAAGAGUUCGUUUAAUAAAUGUUUUAUUUCUAAUUAUUUUUGGUAUCUUGUUUUCCAUCAAAUAUAUUACUUUAAACUUUCCCUUUUUUAAAGUGUUCAAUCAGCCCUUCAUCAUCAAAACACUCACCAUUAAUGCCUUGUGUACGUAUUUGGCAGAGCAGACCAGGGCAGCAUUAAGACGACCAUUUCUGUGCAUUAACUGUAGCUAUCAGCCUGUUUUCAGCUUGUGAACUACUGAGUUUAAUAUCUGUGCUUGACAGCAACAGUUGUGUACAUUGUGCUGUGCUCACAAGGAGUUCAGUAUGCCACAAGCUAUAUAUCUGUACCAUAAAUGGAAACUGUCAUACUUAUUGAUUGAUGUCUGAUUUUCUCCGACACUAAAUUGCACUUGCUGAAUAAAGAUUGAGCAGCGGGGCUCUACUCGCUGCUCAUAAAUCAUG